AUGGAUAGCAACUUUUGUUACAACUAUUAUAACAACAUAGAUAGUUAUGUAAAUAAUUUUACUGAAAAUUCAUAUAUUAAUGCUAAUGGAAAUUAUGAAAAUGAAAUUCAUAUGUAUAAAGAAAAUGUUGAAGAAGAUAAUAAUGCCUAUGCUUCCCCUUUAACUAAUACAAACAAUAAUACCAAUAAUAUCAAUAAUAUCAGCAAUAUCAACAAUAUCAAUAAUAUCAGCAAUAUCAACAAUAUCAAUAAUAUAAACAAUAUCAACGAUAUCAAUACUAUGGAUAUAAACAAUACUAUGGAUAUAAACAAUAGUAGCAUGCCCAUCAAUUCAGGGUCCAUUGGAUUGGAUGGAAAACUAACUUAUGGUAAUUCUAAUAAUGAUAUUAACCAAAACAGAAAGAGGAAAGGUCAAAAUGAUGAAAAUAAUAAUAAAAAACAUAAACGAAGAAAUUGUUGUAUAAUAUGCUCAAAAAAUAGUACCAAAUAUAAAUUUACAUGUUGUUAUGAAUAUUAUUGCUCAUUAGUAUGUUAUAGAACACAUAACACAAAAGAAUGUUUUGAAAAAAAUAAAAAAAAUUUCAAUGAAAAAAAUAUAAAUUUGGAUAAAAAUUCCAAUCAUCAUCCAAAUCAACAUCCAAAUCAAAAUUCUACAUCUAAUUCUGAAUGUCACCAAAUCCGACAAACAUAUGAUACAGACAACACAGAACCCGUUUUAUUAUCAGAAAAACAAAAAACUAGAUUAAAAGAAGAUUUAGCAUUACGAUUAUUACUCAAAAAUAAUUAUGUUCGUUCCAUUUUUAAACAAUUUACUAUAUCCAAAGAUAAAAUUACAUAUUUAUCACAUUACAUAAAUGACCCAACAAUUGUUCAAGUUAUUGAUCAUAUCAUGAAAACUAUAGACUGUUAA